GGCGCUCCAGCUGCAGCCUACGUGCAGCAGCUCUUGUCCCGGGGCGGACCGCUCUCUGAAAACUAACGGUUUCCUGUGAGGAGAUGGACCGAGCCGAGCCGCGCGGGCGGGCGGAGCGAGAGUGAGAGUGCACACGUGGACACACCAGACUGACGUCCCUCCUAGCCAAUCACGGCGCGACUCGGGGCACCCAGCGACCAAUAGGACUCGCUCAUGGAAAAGUGCAAGUCUGGACAGUUUGGAGACGGGAAAAUUUAGGUGGAAAAAGGUUGUGAAACGGAUCCGUCUGGAAGGCUGCUGAUGUUUACUCUGAGAGGGAGAAUAAAGACAGCCCCGCACUUUGACGGGGUUUAAAGGCUUCUAGGAUGGAGGAAACAAAACAUUUUUAUUAUUCUUUUUGAAAACAGUCCUUUUUUCCUCUCAGGAAACUAACACUCAGGUGUGGUGAGUCAUGGGCAGCUUCAAGGGUCACGCUCUUCCUGGGAGCUUCUUCCUUGUAGCUGGGAUUUGGUGGACAGGAAAGUACUCGCUCUGGCACGCCACCCGCAGGAACAAGAGCAUAGGUUCCACUCGGCUGGCCGGUAGGUCCUUGCAGCGCCGCCUGGAGGUCAUCGAGAGCUGCGUUGUCCUCUUCUUCUCUUUAGUGGGCAUGCUGGCAGAGCAGUUUCUGGCUGAUGGACCAAAGCUGCAGUUGUACAACUUUGCCGAGAAACACUGGGAAGACCUGAUGAACUGGCAGCACGCCACCAUGUACCUGUUCUUCGGCCUGGCUGCCACCGUGUCUCUGGUUCUCCACACCACAGAAGCAGCGCCGCUCGCACUGGACCGCCUGAUGCUGGCGGUAGCUUUCUUUAAUGAAGGAUUUCUUUUCCUCUACCACCUCCAUGGUCGGAGCAUGCUGGAUGUGCACGUGCAUCAGCUCCUCCUCUACGCUGUCUUCGGUCAGGCUAUUGUUGCCUUCUUAGAGGUUUUCCACCGAGGGAACAUCAUUCUGGAGCUGCUGCGCUGCACUCUCACCAUCCUGCAGGGAAGCUGGUUCUGGGAGAUUGGCUUUGUGCUGUACCCUCCCAGUGGUGCAGAGUGGGACCUGAAAGACCACAGCAACAUGAUGUUUGUGACCAUGUGUUACUCCUGGCACCUCGCCUUCGCCAUGCUCGUCGUGAGCGUGUUGUAUUGCACAGUCAGCUGUGUGGUGCGCUCCAGACUGAAGAGGACUCCUCCGAUGGAAAUGGGACUUUUGAAGUCGAGAGAGCGCGAUGCAGAGUCAGAAGAUGACGUUUUAUGAAGAGGACUGAACCUAAGGACUCACGAACAUGACAGAGGAAUCAGGGAUGUGAUGCUAGCAAUUUGACUAAAAUCACGAGACGCAGACGUGACAGUGACGUUAAUCACUCCACUCCUGCCUCAUUCCAUCAACUUCAAAGCGUCUCUAUCUCUACUCCAGUUUUACUCUUCUUAUGGUUUUUCAUGUCUUUGCACACAAGUUUGAUAACAUAUUUCUUAUUUGACCCACUAAACUUUGUUUUGUGGAGUUCACUAGCACCAUCUUCUGGUGUAAUCCAUCUUAAUCAUCAGUGUUACUUGAAAGCCUUUUUUUUGCGUUAUUAAUGCAGUUUUUUUUGUUUCUUUAUGUCAAAAGGUCAGAGGUCAAACUCAAGAAAGUGUUCACUUUCAGUGGAUGUGUCUUGGUUUAAUAAAAAUGGUAAAAGAGUUGACAGUUAUCACAGUGUACUUUUUUUGCCUCUUUAAUUUACACAUCAGAAUAAGUUUUCCAGAUCCCAGCAUGCAUCAGUCAUGUUGCUGUAAAUUACACAAUAAGAGUAUUGACUUUCUGACUCUAAAUAUCUACAAUUAAGACAAAGAAAUUGCUUUGAAUAGUUUUUUUCCAUAAAUUUAAGAGCAAGACCUGCAUCCACUGUGGCUUCUGUACACUGUUGCACAUUACAAUAUAAAAAUGGACAGCUGUUAUACUGAAAAAAAUAAUACAGCAACCAUUUCUGGUUGUCUGUCUUGUAUUUUUUUUAAUUUCACAUUAAAAUUUCAAUAUCUCUCAUGCA